UGUCCCUCGGACACAGCGGAUCACCAAUCACGGAAAGAGCCGAAGAUGUCGGCUCGGUCAUGUGAUCAUCUGUGUCCAAUCACAGCUGAUCACAUGGAAUAUGUACACUGAUCAUCUGGGCACUGAUGAUCAGUGUAGCCCCAGCAGUGCCACCUGUCAGUGUCCAUCAGUGCCUUAUGUCAGUGCUCAUUAGUGCCUCGUGCCAGUGCCCAUCAGUGCCACAUAUCAGUGCCUACCAGUGCACAUCAAUGCCACAUAUCAGUGCCCAUCUGAGCUGCCUUUCAGUGUCACCCAUCAGUGCCAGUCAGUGCCACCUAUCAAUGCCUAUCAGUGCUGCCAAUCAGUUGCACCUAUCAGUGCCAGUCAGUGCCACCUAUCAGUGCCAGUCAGUGCUGCAUAUCAGUGCCAGUCAGUGCCGCCUAUCAGUGCCAGUCAGUGCCGCCUAUCGGUGCCAUGUAUCAGUGCUGCCUUUCAGUGCCCAUCAGUGAUGCCUGUCAAUGCCCAUCAGUGCCACCUGCCAGUGCCUCCUCAUCAGUGCCCAUCAGUGCCACCUAUCAGUGUCCAUCAGUGCAUCCUAUCAGUGCCCAUCAGUGCAGCCUCAUUAGCGCACAUCAGUGAAGGAGAAAAAUCACUUAUUUCCAAAAUGUUAUAACAAAAACUAAGAAAAAAACAUUUUUUUUUCAAAAUUUUCAGUGGUUUUUGGUUUCUUUAAGAAAAAAUAA